GGGGCGCGCGGGGCGGGGGGCACGGGGCGGGGCCGGGCGCCGGGACCCACUGCUCCCCGCCAGAGCCCCCGCGCGGCCCCCGGUCUCCCGGGCAGCAGCGGCAGCGGCGGAGGCGCUCCCACCCACAGCCCCGGCGGGCCCCGGCCGAGCGGCGGGCACAGGUCCCAGGAAGGUGGCGUCAGCAUCUGCAGCCGCGUCGACGUUGUCGGAGCCUCCACGGAGGACCCAGGAGAGCCGGGCUAGGACCAGGGCCCUGGGCUUCCCCACAUACUCCAUGGAGAAGCCGGCUGCCUCACCAGAGUCCCAAGGGCCUCGGCCAGUCCUGGGUCGCGACAGUGUCCAGGUGCCCGAUGACCAGGACUUCCGCAGCUUCCGGUCAGAAUGUGAGGCAGAGGUGGGCUGGAACCUGACUUACAGCAAGUCCGGGGUGUCAGUGUGGGUGCAGGCUGUGGAGAUGGACCGGACACUGCACAAGAUCAAGUGCCGGAUGGAAUGCCGCGAUGUGCCAGCCGAAACACUCUAUGACGUCCUGCAUGACAUCGAGUACCGAAAGAAAUGGGACAGCAAUGUUAUUGAGACUUUUGACAUUGCCCGCUUGACAGUUAACGCUGACGUAGGCUACUACUCUUGGAGGUGUCCAAAGCCCCUGAAGAACCGUGAUGUCAUCACUCUCCGCUCCUGGCUUCCCAUGGGCACUGAUUACAUCAUUAUGAACUACUCAGUCAAACAUCCCAAAUACCCACCUCGGAAAGACUUGGUCCGAGCUGUGUCCAUCCAGACGGGCUACCUCAUCCAGAGCACAGGGCCUAAGAGCUGUGUCAUCACCUACCUGGCCCAGGUGGACCCCAAAGGCUCCUUGCCCAAGUGGGUGGUGAACAAAUCUUCUCAGUUCCUGGCUCCAAAGGCCAUGAAGAAGAUGUACAAGGCAUGCAUCAAGUACCCAGAGUGGAAGCAGAAGCAUCAGCCGCACUUCAAGCCAUGGCUGCACCCAGAGCAGAGCCCGUUGCCCAGCCUGGCGCUGUCUGAGCUGUCAGUGCAGCAUGCGGACUCCCUGGAAAACAUCGACGAGAGCGCUGUGGCCGAGAGCCGAGAAGAGAAGAUGGGUGGGGCGGGCGGCGAGGGCAGCGAUGAUGACACCUCGCUCACCUGAAGGCAGUACCACCGCAGGGACCAGACAGGACCAGGGGCGAGCCUGGGGCGAUGGAUCCUCCCGCACCCUCCCCUCUCUCCCACCCUCCAUGCCUCCUGGGGCACUGGGCUCUGGCCCAGGCAGGCUGGCAUCC